UUCACAUCCCCAUGUCCAGCUGUCCAUAGCUCAUCAGCCGUGGCGCUUCACUUACCGCAUCUUUCACUCAGGCAUUCGCUUUGGGCAAACCGGAGCCUGUAAUCUUCAGCCUUCUCCCACAAGCUUAGGCUCCCAUACGUGUCGCCCACCAUGACGGAUAAAGACACAGAGACGCCUCACUCGCCUUCUCCUGCUCCCGGACGAAGGCAACGGGCCCCUACCAUCACGAUAGACACAUCUGCUAGCACACACGACGCAGAGCUCUCCUCUCCUAAACAACAGCACGCCCCUGCGGGUGAAUUACGAGCGGCCAACUCGUUUGAGAGUCGAGAAAGCAGACCGACAUCACCGCACAACGUCUCAUCGCCAACAUCGCAAUGGGGAAACCCGCACAACUUCCUAUCCGUCCCUGGAGCGAGAUCGCGUGGCAACUCGCUGGACUCAACAACGGAAGUGGGCGAGUCUUCUACCGCAGGUGCUUCCUAUGUCCCUUCGUCUCAGGGGGAGACGCUAAAAGGAGAUGGAGGGAGUGGCCAAAUAAUCGACGACGAGCACGCCCUGCAACCUGAUCCUGGGACGGAGGAUGACUUUGUAGUGAACGACAACAAGUUUGCCUUUUCUCCUGGACAGAUGUCGAAACUCUACAAUCCGAAGAGUCUAGGGGCAUUUCACGCAUUGGGCGGAUUAGUGGGACUCGAGAAGGGCCUACGAACGAACAGGAACACUGGCUUAAGUGUCGAUGAGCAAGGUUUGGACGGCUAUGUAUCUUUUGAAGACGCGACCACCCAAAAAUUCUCCGACUCCCCAACCAAAGGCGCGCUGGACAAGGACUUAAGACGGAGCGAUACCAGUGCCACCACCAAGUCGGUCAAGAAGGAAUCCUCUUUCACGGAUCGCAAGCGAGUUUUCAGUGACAACCGAUUACCCGAACGGAAAGCGAAGAACAUUCUGCAACUUGCUUGGAUAGCGUACAACGACAAAGUACUCAUUCUACUUACAAUUGCUGCCGUAAUUUCGUUAGCUCUAGGUCUAUACGAAACGUUUGGUCAGAGUCAUAAAGACGGGGAAGCGCCGGUUGAGUGGGUUGAAGGCGUCGCUAUCAUGGUUGCCGUUGUCAUUGUUGUCGUUGUUGGAGCAGGAAACGAUUGGCAGAAAGAGCGUCAAUUCGUCAAGUUGAACAGGAAGAAGGAAGACCGGUUCAUCAAGGUCGUUCGAUCCGGGAAGACUCAAGAAAUAUCGGUCCAUGAAGUUCUUGUGGGAGACGUCGUUCUUCUCGAGCCUGGCGACAUGGUUCCUGUUGACGGCAUCUUCAUCGAAGGCCAUGGCAUCAAAUGUGACGAGUCAUCAGCUACCGGCGAAUCAGACCUUCUCAGAAAAACACCCGCAGACGAAGUUUUUCAAGCCGUGGAUAACAACCAGCCUGCUAAGAAAAUGGACCCAUUUAUUCUUUCCGGCUCGAAGGUAUCCGAGGGCGUGGGCCGUUUCAUCGUUACGGCUACUGGUGUCCAUUCGACCUAUGGAAAGACUAUGAUGUCACUGCGAGAAGAGAACGAGGUAACACCACUGCAGGCAAAGCUCAACACCAUGGCCGAAUACAUCGCUAAGCUUGGUGGCGCUGCAGCGCUUCUACUCUUCGUGGUUCUCUUCAUCGAGUUCCUUGUAGAUCUCCGGCAUAACAGUGAUGGUGCCGCUCAGAAAGGCCAGAAUUUCCUCAACAUACUAAUUGUGUCUAUCACUGUUGUCGUUGUCGCAGUUCCGGAAGGUCUUCCUCUUGCUGUCACCUUGGCUUUGGCUUUUGCGACCACUCGAAUGUUGAAGGACCAUAAUCUCGUUCGUGUUUUACGAUCAUGCGAGACCAUGGGAAAUGCCACUACUAUCUGCUCAGACAAAACUGGAACUCUCACCCAGAACAAGAUGACCGUUGUCUCCGGGACAGUGGGAACUGCUCUGCGCUUCGGCGAUAAAAAAACGAAAGUAGCGUCUACAGGCCCUCCGUUGGACGAUGGCACCAAAGGCAAACAGACAGCGGACUCUCCAAUCUACAACUCCGAUGAUGUUACGCCAAAAGAGUUCGUUUCACACCUUGAUUCGGACGUCAAAACUCUACUCGAGCAAUCCAUUGCUAUUAACUCAACCGCAUUCGAGGGACAAGAAGAUGGACGGGAUGCUUUUAUUGGAUCCAAAACCGAAACAGCACUCCUCAACUUCGCGCGCCAGCACCUCGGCAUGGGCCCGGUCAGCACUGUGCGCUCCAACGUAGAAAUUGCUCAGCUCAUUCCUUUCGACUCUGCGCGGAAAUGCAUGGGUGUGGUCAUCAAGCUGGACAACGGCAGAUACAGACUUCUUGUCAAGGGCGCUUCUGAGAUUCUUCUCGACAAAUGUGAGAGAAUUAUCUCAGAUGCGACAAAGGAAGUUUCGGACAUGCCCAUUUCAGUGGACAACCGAGAAACUCUCGAGCAGCUCAUAUCGACCUACGCCACCCGAUCAUUGCGCACCAUUGCCUUGCUCUACCGUGACUUUGAGCAAUGGCCACCGAAGGAGGCUCGUAGGGUGGAAGACGACCCGACCCAAGCAAACUUUGACGAUGUGUUGAAGAAUAUGGUCUUUCUCGGAGUAGUUGGCAUUCAGGAUCCACUCCGUGAUGGCGUCAGUGAAGCCGUCAAAGAUUGUCAACAUGCCGGCGUUUUCGUGCGCAUGGUCACAGGAGACAACGUCAUGACAGCGAAGGCCAUUGCCGAGAACUGUGGUAUUCUAGUCCCUGGUGGCGUCGUCAUGGAAGGUCCUGUGUUCAGGAAACUGUCCAAGAAAGACAUGGACGCGAUCAUCCCCAAGCUCUGUGUCCUUGCUCGAUCCAGUCCCGAUGACAAACGCAAACUAGUCAAGCGUUUGAAAGAGUUAGGGGAAACUGUCGCUGUCACUGGAGAUGGAACCAACGACGCACCUGCUUUGAAGACGGCCGAUGUCGGCUUUUCCAUGGGUAUCGCCGGUACUGAAGUCGCUAAAGAGGCUUCCGCCAUCAUACUUAUGGACGACAACUUCUCAUCCAUCGUUAAGGCCCUCCUGUGGGGCCGUGCCGUGAACGAUGCUGUCAAGAAGUUCCUGCAGUUCCAAAUCACCGUCAACAUCACUGCUGUCUUGCUCACAUUCGUUUCGGCCGUCGCCUCUUCUAGCCAAACAUCUGUUCUGACCGCGGUACAGCUUCUUUGGGUCAAUCUGAUCAUGGACACCUUUGCAGCAUUGGCACUUGCAACAGAUCCUCCAACACGAAGUCUAUUGGACAAUAAGCCGAGCCCGAAGUCUGCUCCUUUGAUUUCCUUGACUAUGUGGAAGAUGAUCAUUGGCCAGGCCAUCUACCAGUUGGUCGUCACAUUCGUCCUUCACUUUGCAGGUACCAGAAUCCUAUCCUAUGGGUCGCCAGAAGAGAAGAAAAGAAUGAACACGAUCGUCUUCAACACAUUCGUGUGGAUGCAAAUCUUCAACCAGCUCAACAGUCGACGACUUGACAACCGUUUCAAUAUUUUUGAGGGAAUGAGCCGCAACUAUUUCUUCGUCGGCAUCAACUGCAUUAUGAUCGGCGGCCAAAUAUUAAUCAUCUUUAAAGGUGGACAAGCAAUAUCAGUCGUACCGCUGAACGGAGCCCAAUGGGGCUACUCUAUUGUAUUGGGGUUCCUCUCACUACCUGUUGGCGUCAUCAUUCGACUUAUUCCGGACGAUCUUAUUCGCAAGUGCAUCCCGGCCUUCCUUAGACGAAAGCCUACCCCUCAAGUCGUCGUUUCGGAUGAAGAAUAUCAGUGGAACCAAGGACUUCUCGAAAUUCGUGAGGAGCUCGCUUUCAUCAAGAAGGUGCGCGGAGGACGUCUAAGCAGUCUCAAGUUCAAGGUUCAGCAUCCACGAGAAGUCUUCUCGAGAUCGAGAUCCAGCCACUCACUUCCUGGAACCCCAAAUAACGGGAAUGACAAUAGCGAGGCUACGUCCUCUGCUCCCCCAACCCCCGACUCUCGCAUGGAAUCUCGUGGCCGACGUCGAGGGCGAUCAAGGUCCAAUUCCGCCUUUGGACCGGCGACCGUUAUGGCUGGUAUUGUUGCUGGUAGUAUAGCUGGUUGGUCACCAAUUGAUCGGGCUCAUGGCGAGGGCGAUUCGAUCAAAUUCUCACGAGAGCGAAGUAGAUCCGAGCUCGAACAGGAUGGCAUCGAUGUUCAUCCCGACACGAAGACUACAGACCCUGUUCUCGUCGACAAUCAGACGUAUGAUACAGCCCCGAGUCAAAGCAAGGAUACCACACCCUCAUUUAGCAUCGGUCCGUUCGCCGGUGAUCCAAAGCUGAAUGACAAACCUUGAGUUACUGGGUCCUGAACAAACAAUCGCCUAACACAAAUCGCACAUAACCUCGAGUCGGCUUGAGAAUCUCCAGGCACUUUGCUGGCUCGACACCAGCGCACACUAAUACCCACUUGCGACCACGAUCGCGGCCAGUAC